UGUAUAGGUGUGUACGCGUGUGUGAGUGCUCGUUGCGCGCGCGCACCACUCAGGAGCGUGUGCGCGCGCCCUCGGCUUCCCCGCACUCACGGGCGGCCCCGGGGCUGGCGGCCAGCGCAAGCUCUUUCCUCUCGGUGCUUGCCGUGCGCGCCUGGCUGUUUCUAUAGGAACCCACACGGCGCCGGGCCCCUCCGGCUGCGGCCCCAGCGCGAGCAUGCCCAGUGCAAGCCGCUAGUUUGGCUCGGCUCUAGGUUUCCAGUAAGUGGCAUGCGGGACUCAGGAGAGAUCCCAGGGAGCUGAGCCCAUUGCCUUUGUGUGCAGAGGGAGGAGGCGGCGGCGGGGCGACCCCACCCGGGGAGCCCCACGGCAGGAACAAUGCUAGCCUGCCUAACCCGCGGGAACUUACUGGAUGUCCUGCAGGAGGGCUUCAAUGAGCAACAGCUACAGGCCUAUGUGGCCUGGGUGAAUGCCCAGCUGAAGAAGAGGCCAUCCGUGAAGCCUGUGCAGGACCUGCGACAGGAUCUCCGAGAUGGUGUGAUCCUGGCCUAUCUCAUCGAGAUCGUUGGUCAGUUGGCCUUGGACUCUGAUGCUAGUAUAGACGAGAAUGACCUCUUUCUCCUCCAUGCUUCCUUCAGAGCAGCAGGAGAAAAACUGAGUGGAGUCCAGUUGAGUCCCAGUAACCAACAAGAAAUGAAGAAUAAUGUGGAGAGAGUGCUACAGUUUGUAGCUUCCAAAAAGAUCCGUAUGCAUCAGACUUCAGCUAAAGAUAUCGUGGAAGGAAACCUGAAGUCCAUCAUGAGGCUGGUCCUUGCCUUAGCAGCUCAUUUUAAACCUGGCUCCAGCAGGACAGUGAGCCAGGGGCGUGACUGCAGAGCUCCUGUGCAGAGUCACCAACCACACUGUGCUACUGCUGUGGCCCAAGGAGCUGCGGCUGCUCUGGCUGAUGUGUGCCAUGACAUGUCUCGCUCAGGACGGGAUGUCUUCCGGUAUAGACAGAGGAACAGCAGCCUGGAUGAGGAGAUUGAGAACCCAUACUGGAGUGUCCGGGCACUUGUGCAGCAAUACGAAGGGCAGCAACGGUCCCCGUCUGAGUCUAGCUGUUCCAGUCUGACUUCACCCAGUCCAGUCCACAGUGCAAAGAGUGAAUCCAUUAUAACCCAGUCAGAAGAAAAGGCCGAUUUUGUGAUUGUUCCCUCUGAAGGAAUAGAGAACAGAACAGACAGAACAGACGAGACAGACUCUCCAUUAUCCCAAGACUGGAGGCCGGGGAGCCCGGGAACGUACCUGGAAACCACAUGGGAAGAGCAGCUAUUGGAGCAACAAGAACAUUUAGAAAGAGAAAUGGAGGAAGCAAAGAAAAUGAUUUCUGGACUGCAGGCCUUACUACUCAAUGGAUCCCUACCCGAAGAUGAACAGGAAAGACCCUUGGCACUCUGUGAACCAGGAGUCAAUCCUGAGGAACAGCUGAUCAUAAUCCGAAGCCGUCUGGAUCAGAGUAUGGAGGAGAAUCAAGACCUCAAGAAAGAGCUGCUGAAAUGCAAACAAGAAGCCAGAAACUUGCAGGGGAUAAAGGAUGCCUUGCAGCAGAGGCUGACUCAGCAGGACACAUCUGUUCUUCAGCUCAAGCAAGAGCUUCUGAGGGCAAAUAUGGACAAGGAUGAGCUGCACAACCAGAAUGUGGAUCUGCAAAGGAAGCUCGACGAAAGGAACCGGCUAUUAGGAGAAUAUAAAAAAGAGCUGGGCCAGAAGGACCGUCUCCUUCAGCAGCAGCAGGCCAAGUUGGAAGAAGCGCUCCGGAAACUUUCAGAUGCCAGCUACCAACAGGUGGAUCUAGAAUGGGAGCUAGAGCACAAGGAUGUCCUUCUGGCUCACUGCAUGAAAAGAGAGGCAGAUGAGGUGACAAAUUACAACAGUCACAACUCUCAACGCAAUGGCUUUGUCCUUCCAGUUGUGGGGAGAGGUGCUGCGUCUGUCACCCAUAGAGGGCCACAGACCAGUGACCUCCAGCUUGUCCGGGAUGCUCUCCGCAGCCUGCGUAACAGCUUCAGUGGCCACGAUCCUCAGCACCACACCAUUGACAGCCUGGAGCAGGGAAUCUCUAGCCUCAUGGAGCGUCUCCAUGUCAUGGAAUCACAGAAGAAACAAGAAAGGAAGGUUCGGGGCAGGUCACUCAGAACUCAAGCAAGUAGUGAGUACCGGGCAUCCUGGCCCCCUAAUUCAACUCUGCCUCACUCCCAGAGUUCUCCAGCCGUAAGCAGCACCUGUACUAAAGUGCUCUAUUUCACUGACCGGUCACUCACACCCUUCAUGGUCAAUAUACCAAAGAGGUUGGGGGAGGUGACACUGAAGGAUUUCAAAGCAGCUAUUGAUCGAGAAGGGAAUCACCGGUACCAUUUCAAAGCCCUGGAUCCCGAGUUUGGCACCGUCAAAGAAGAGGUUUUCCAUGAUGAGGAUGCCAUCCCUGGAUGGGAAGGGAAAAUUGUAGCUUGGGUGGAAGAAGACCACAGAGAGAAUUAACUGGACCCUGGACACUCCCUGGCUGCUUCUCUCAGGAAAGAGGACUAACACCAGAGUACGCUGAGAAGUUCCUAAUCCAUGCUGCCAAAAGGAAGCUUCUUCAAGUAUGAUGGUCACGGGCCAGUCCUGUUUGUGUGCCUGGCAUAUCUAGCACUUAAAAUCUCUGUCCAAACACAGACCAUGGGUUCAUCUGGAGCUCCUUGUCCAUGGGAACAGUGUUUAAUUCUACUCUGAGGACACCAGACCGAAGGCCUUAACCACCAGCGAUGGAUGAGCCCUCUCUUGUAAGGGCGUGGCUGCUAUUAUCUGGGACCUGCAAGUGGAUGCAUCUCUCUUCAUGUUACAGUGUUCAUUUAAUUGGCCUCAGAGGUUGCAGCCAUCAUAAUCCCAGCAUCUUUGCUCAUAGACAAGGCAAAGGUACCAACUUUUCUGCUUCUCUGCAGACAUUGCAAACCAGGAGGAACUUGUGAAGUGGUACCAAAGAUGAAGACCCACUUGUGUUUGUUGACCUGAACACGGAUGAUGCUGACUUGUUGACUGGGUGGGGAAAAGGUUGCCCAUAGUGUGCUAUCUUAUGCCAAAACCAUAAUUAAGACCUUGGGCUGCCUCUUCUGUUUUAACUGCUUCUGCAGCUUGUCCUUAGCCCGUUGCGGGCAUUUUUCACAAACUGCUGGUUUUCUCUGGGGACUCGUUAACUUUAGAGCCAUUUAUUUUUCUCCAAACAGAUGAACUUUGUGUUUGAAAAGAAUAAGAAGUGAGAGGAUACGGAAAGGUGCUGCUGCCCAUUUCUCUGUGAUGCAAAUUCAUGGCAUCUCCUUUGCAUUUACCAUUUGUGUUUGUGAUUUGAGCACGAUGUACUGGUCUCCUCUCAUUUCAAGGCUGGAGUUAUUUUCUAUUACAUAUUUAGCCUGGGCUGUUCCUUUAGGGCACAGUGGAACCCAUGGGGCACGGAACAUGAGUUGUGAAUGGCAGGGUCAUUUCGAGGUGAAGGGUCAUCUCUCACCGUAACAUUGUCCAGUUAGUAUAGAAGCUAAAGAGUUCAACUUCCAGAGGUUACUCCAUAACUUGGGUUUUCUCAUUCACAUACCUAGCACCAUCCACCAAUCAACCAUGAUGUUUCUAUAGUCCCUCAAAGCAGUCUCCAACCACCGCUGUACACUGCCAAACAGAAGAGUGGGACAGAUGGGUCAAUCUUGGGAUCUGCCUGUCUCUGUCAUCUCCCAUUUUCAGCCAUUUGAACAGACUACUCUUUGGAACUCUGAGAUAGCAUCUUAUUGUUUUAUAUAGACAUGCCUUUUAAAAAUAGUUCAUGUUUGAGAAUUGUUUUGUACCUGUUUGCUUUUGUCUGAGAACCAUGUCUAUUUUUGUAAGUCAAGUGUGAUUUCAGUGUAAUCCCACAUCCCCUGAACUCUAUCCAUUUUCUAGUGCCCAGUGGCUUUUCUACAGUCUCUUCUUACUGCCUCUUGUGGUUUCAGAGCAAGCUUUAUUUUGUUACGAGUAUACUAAUGGAAGUCAAUUCCUGUCUAAGUCUCCCUGCUGUUUUAGUGCUGGAGGUUUUUUUUAUUUUUUUUAGUUGAUUGCUCUUCUAAAAGACAUGAGAUCAAAAAGCCCUUUCAAAAAGAAAGUCUUUCAUGCACGUUACUCUGGUCUUCUAUUGAAGAACAAUUUUUCACCAGCUGUAACUAGGAAAGGUCAGGAAAGUCAGCCAUAAGCAAGAACAACUCAUUGUGAAAGCCAACAGAAGAAAACAGUAUUAUUUCCAUUUUAUUCUCAAGAUGACUGGACGGAAUAAAAAUCCGUAUAUCACCAAUUUCUCUGUUGCAUGGAUUUUAAUGUUUUGAUAUUUGACAGCAUGAAGGUGACCAGGCUAAACUUUGUUACUGUAGUCAAAUUUACCUUGAAUGUCUGUCUCUUAACCCAGAUUUCCCUUGUCUGUUUUCUUUCAGCAAACAGUCUUAACAUUAUGUGGAAUUAACUUUUCAGCAAAAAUUAAAUCAGAGAAAAAGCUUUGAA